AGCUCAGUCUGUAAACUUGUGUAUAUCAGCAAUGGAGCCUCCAUCGAAGAAAGCGCGGACCCUCUGGGAAGACGAUAACUCCAGUGACUCUGGUGAUGAUGCUGGUGGUGUCUCUCUGACCAAGGCUCCCGAAGCAGGCUUCAAGAUCAACGAAGACUAUGCCCGCCGGUUCGAACACAAUAAGAAGAGAGAAGAGGUGCAAAAGUUGGAAUCCAAGUACGGCAAAUCCUCCAGCCUAGGAAAGCACCGAGCCGAUGAACUCUCCGACAAGGACUCCUCCUCUGAUGAGGAUGAAGACGAUGAUGGCGAGCUAGCCACCGAAACUGUCGAUGCCGAAAUCAUGGCCACUCUGAAGGCUAUUCGUGAGAAGGAUCCCCGUGUGUACGAUGCGAACGCCACUUUCUACACCGAGCUUGAUGAAGACAACGAGGCUCCCAAGGAAAAGAAGGAGAAAACCAUGACACUGCAUGACUACCAUCGCGAGAACCUCCUGAAGGGAGUGGAUGUUGCCGAGGAAGAACAAAAAGAAACUAUCAAAACUUUUGCCCAGGAGCAGGCCGAGUUGAAGGAUGCCCUGGUCAAGGAGAUGCACGCAGCCGACUCCGAUGACGAGAUGGAGGAUGCGGAGGACAACUUCCUGGUUCGCAAGGCCGGUGGAGCAGAUGUUAUUCCCGAGAAGGAGAUUAAGCUGGACAUUGAGAAUGCCGACAAGGAUCCCGAAACUUUCUUGUCCAACUUCCUGUCUGCCCGAGCUUGGAUCCCCGAGGGUGACCGUCGCGAGCUUCAUCCGUUCGACUCGGACGACGAUGAGGAAUUGGAACGGGCCGAUGCUCUCGAGGAGGCCUACAACUUCCGCUUCGAAGACCCCAGCAAGCUCAACGAAAAGAUUAUGACCCACGCUCGUGACACCACCAACAGUCUUUCUGUCCGUCGUGAGGACAAGAGCGCACGCAAGAAGAUCCGCGACGCUGAGCGUCAACGCAAAGAGGAAGAGAAGAAGGAGCGUGAGACUGAGAAGAACCGCCUGCGCAAGCUCAAGACCGAGGAGCUCCAGAAGAAGGUCUCGCAAAUCAAGGAGGUGGCUGGUCUACGGGCCGCUGAGUUCACAGACGAGGACUGGGCUCGAUUCCUUGAUGACGCCUGGGACGACAAGGAGUGGGAGAAGGAGAUGCAGAAGCGCUUCGGCGACGGCUACUACGAGGAGCCUGAGGAGGGCAAGAAGCACCCCAAGAAGCCCACGUGGGAUGACGACAUUGAUAUUAAGGACUUGAUCCCAGACUACGAGGAUGAAGAGGGCGUGAAGCCGUCUCUUGAGUCUGACGGUGAAGGUGAGGACGACGAGGAAGAGGAAGAGGGUGCAUCUGGGUCAAACAAGAAGAGCAAGGCCGAGCUGAGGCGCGAACAAAAGCGCGAUGCCCGCAAGGAGCGUCUCCGCAUCGAAGAGGCAGUUGACCGCAACCUGGACCUUGACAUCACCCUGCUCCCCGGUGCUACCAAAAAGAACGCCACCCGCUUCCGCUACCGCGAGACUUCCCCCCAGAGCUUCGGUCUGACAGCACGGGAUAUCCUCAUGGCCGACGACAGCCAGCUCAACCAGUUCGCCGGUCUGAAGAAGCUUGCCUCCUUCCGGGAUGCUGAGAAGAAGGCCAAGGAUGAGCGGAAGCUGGGCAAGAAAGCUCGCCUGCGCCAAUGGCGCAAGGACACUUUCGGUAACGAGGAAGGCCCUGCGUUCGAGUUUGGCAGUGGCAAGCGCAAGGGUGAUGCUGAAGAGGAUAAGGAUGGUGAUGAGACUAAGCUGGAUAUUCGCGAAGGCGAUGGUAGUGGGAGGAAGAAGCGGAAGCGUUCUAAGAAGCACUGAGUGCCGUCGUAUAAAAGCAUUUCUUUGUCCAUAGCUUGUUGCUGAACGGAUAUCUGGAGCAUGGAGUUUAUUCUUAGAUUUCACUGAAAUUAAUGACGAUUCGUUAUGAGAGUUUGAUCUCGAG